AUGGUGCUUGACUACAGCAAAUGGGAUGCCCUUGAGCUGUCGGAUGAUUCCGAUAUUGAGGUUCAUCCUAAUGUCGACAAGAAGUCCUUCAUUCGUGCCAAGCAGGCUCAGAUUCAUCAGCAACGAGAACAGCGCCGCCUCGAGAUCAAGACCUUGAAGUACGAGCGCAUUAUCAACGAUGGACUUCUUUUGCGCAUUGAUCGACUUCUUGCAACCCUCAAGCAACAUGAAGAUUCCUCCUCCUCCCCUGAACAGCCCAUCUUCCAGACCAUUAUGGAGUUUGCCAGCAACCCCGCCGAUGAUCAAGCCCCGCCACCACCUGAGGGUGUCCAUACACAUGAAAAGGAGCAGCCUAAGUACUCGCAGAUGAUGAGUUCCUUGGUCGACCAGGUGAAGAAGGAGUUUGUAGACUCAAAGCCAGAGAAUGUGUUCCAGGCAUACAUCGAGGGGGUUGAGAGUCACAAGGGCAAGGUCCAGGACCUGCAGAAGGAAUUAUUGACAAAGCUCGCCCAGUUGGAGAAGGAAGAGAAAAGCAAGAUCACCAGCGACCAAUUGCAUGAGGGUUUCAACACAUCACAUGUAGCCAAGGCAGCUGAGAAGUCCAAGGAGUCUGCAGCUAAGGAAUCAUCGGUGGAGUUGUUGAACCCUGGUGUGGGAAGUCAGCCCUCAAGCAGCACAGCUGAGAAUGACGACGGCGAUGAUCCCGCCGAUGUCGAAAUUAGUGCCCUUGGCAAGCAGUUUGCCCGUCUCCGACCCAACGACUAUUCCGCAUACUUGCAAUUCAUUGGCGCGCAUCCUGAGAUUAUUGCCGAGAAAGAGACAGAUGGCUUGCUCGUUGAGGCAUUCAACUCCCAAAUUAAGGGUCAAGAUGACUAUGCCCGCCAAUGUGUGCAUCAGGGUCUUCUCCUGCAAUAUUGCCGAUCUUUGGGCCCGGAUGGUAUCAAGCUGUUCUUCAGCCGCAUCACAAACAAGGACCACCGUGCAUCAGCUUUGUUUGCUAAUGAUGUGAAUGAGACCUAUCACCGUAUCAAGUCCCGCGCGGUAGAGUUGAGCAAGGAUAGCUCCGCUUCGAAUGAUCCCGCUGGUGUCGAGCAGAUCCAGCUCCAUGCAGUUGACCCGAACACCAAAAUCACCAUCAAUCUUCCCCAACCAAACAGCCAGGAGCCAAUUGAGAUCGAGGCUCGUAAGAUUUUUGAGUCCUUCUCUGAGGAUCUACAGAAGGCACUGGCUUCCGAGUCUCUUGACGAGGUGAACAAGGUUCUUGGUAAGCUGUCCGUGGAAGAGGCGGAGGUUGUUGUUGAAAAGCUCGGUGAAAGCGGCAUGCUCAGUCUCGAGGAGGGUAUCAUUGAUGGCACCACAGAGGAAGGCAAGCAGAAGCUGGCUGAGCUUGAGGCUGAAGGAAAGCAGGUGGAAGAGAUUGGUGAGCCUGGUGGUGAUAUCACUGAACUGGAUUGA